AUGGAUAAGUUACGCGCGAAGAUGCACAUUAAAAACGAGCUAGGACGGGCGCUGAUCGCCGAGUUCAUGGGCACAGCCCUACUUUUGCUGAUCGGUAACUGUGUGGUCGCUCAAAGUAUAUUGCCACGUCCAAGAUUGAACGAAAUGAUCGGUGUGAACGUCGGUUUCGGUUUGGCUAUCGCAUUCGGUGUCGCCAUAUCGGCAAAGAUCUCAGGAGGUCAUAUCAAUCCGGCUGUGUCGCUGAUGUUCCUCAGCUUCCGCCAGCUGGCGCCUGCUCGCUUCAUCCUCUACACAAUUGUGCAGACGCUUGGCGCUCUCGUCGGCUCCGCCCUGGCAUAUGCUCUCUAUCAUGAGGCCAUCAACAGUUUCGACGGAGGUAUUCGAGCGGUGAUUGGACCAAAGGCUACCGCCGGCAUCUUCGCCUCCUAUCCGGCCAAUCAUCUCGGUCUUUUCGGAGGCCUCAUUGAUCAGAUUAUCGCCACGGCUGUGUUCUGCUUCCUGAUCGCUCACAUCACCGACAAGAGAAACUCGUACCCACAAUGGCUUCAACCUCUCCUUAUCGGACUCUCGUUCGUGGCUGUCGGAGCUGCUUUCGGUUUCAACUGCGGAUAUCCCUGUAAUCCUGCCAGAGACUUCGGACCACGUCUUUUCACUUUCAUCAUUGGAUACGGCGGAGAUGUUUUCUCCACAGCGAAAUUCGACAGCAUGAAAGGAAAAGAAAACAAACAGAUUUCGACGACAGUUGAAAUCAAGAAUAGAGAGGAG